AUGAACCAUGGCAAACCUUACUCGACUUGGACGUUCAGCAUGGUUUUGCAGAGAAGUACUUGCAAAGUUCGGGUUAGUGACCGGUUUCGGUCUUGAAAGCUUCCUGUAUCAUUCAGUCGACAUCCCUCAACGCGCUGCCUAACUGCAAAAUCGAUCCAACAAGUCCGAGUCGAGCGGUAAAUUGUUUACUAUAUUAAAUAGUCUAUUCAAGAAUCGUUGCUGAAGUUUUUGAAAGCUACAUUGCCAAAAACGUCGAGGCCAAGAGCUUGUUUAAGUAAUAUUUCGGGUCAUACAAGACUUCAAACGCUACAGCGGACAUUUUCUUAAUGAAAACGUAGUACACUCAAGGUUGCCAAAUUAAAACUCAAAAAAAAAAAACACCGCCAUUUUCGAACGAAUUCUACUUGAGGAAUAUGAGUGAAGUGUGGAAAGACCCAAAAUUCAAUGAGUACAACUUAUUGAUCCGAUUUUUUUCAACCGCUAAAUUCGGAAAAUAAUUUUUUCAGUUCUGCAAAGCCGACCUGGCAUGGACGGACAAUGAUUGGGAAACGGUAGAAAUCGAGACUUACUGCCACGCAGCAUGA